UUUGUUUAGGUAUAUACCUAGUUGUGGAAAUGGAAGAAGGGACAUUUAUCCUCUUAUCCCACGAAAAAGAAAACGAGUAGAUGCAAGAUCGAGUAGAUGCAAACCGAAGAGAAUUGUGAUAAAAGAACGUGGGACUGCCGAAAAUGAGUUCAGAUUCGCCAUCGCAGAACCAAUCGUUGUCCUCGAUGGACCCGAAUAUCAGAAGGUACAGGACAGCUUUUACUAGGGAACAGUUGUCGAGAUUAGAGAAAGAGUUUCACAGAGAGAAUUACGUGAGCAGGCCAAGGAGGUGUGAAUUAGCCGCACAAUUACACCUGCCGGAAUCCACAAUCAAGGUUUGGUUUCAAAAUCGUCGGAUGAAGGAUAAGCGGCAAAGGAUGGCGAUGGCGUGGCCCUACGCCAUGUACACGGACCCAGCCCUCGCGGCCACACUGCUGGCCGCGGCAACGGCGUCCCUGCCACCGCCCCCGUACCACGGGCCACCGGGUAUACCGCCGACCCACCUGGCCCCAAGCUACCCUGCGGCCGCAGCCGCGGCCUACUACGCGGCCAGGUACACGCCGUACCCGUCCCCCGUCACGGGCACGGGCUCGUCGGCCCUUCACAGGCCCCAUCCGCGCACGGCGGCCGCCUACCCGGCGCACCCCCACAUCCUCCAACCUCACCCGUCGCUGCAACCCCUACAUCUGUCCGGCCUGGGCGUUCCCACGGUGGGGAGCACCGCCUUCCAGAUGAACAGCCCACCCUCGAGCGCCUCCGCCGUCUACAGGCCGAGCUUGCACCCCGAGAUGAGCCCGGUCCACUCCGACGCGUCGAGCGACUGCGACUGCGUCGGGGCGCAGCCACACCACAACGGGCAGCAGCAGCACAUGGAUGGGAAGAGCCCGUCGCCCAAUAUGAUCCACGCAGCCGGCCAACAACAACUGGUGCCGUCCAAGCUGACCCCAACGGGGAUCAGUAUCAGCGGUUUGCCGGGCAGCAUUCAGACGAUCGGCGUUUUCGACGGGAAGAAUUCGUACAGCGCUAUAAUGUCCUCGUCGCCCACGAAGAUGGAGCCGCCCAAGUUGUUCCAGCCUUACAAGAACGAUAUAUCCGAGAGGGCGUAAGAACGAGAGACUCGUUGUG